UUGCAACGGUACCGUGAAAAAAGUUUUAAUGGCACAUGAAAGUAAAAAAAACCUAAAUAAUGGUUAAAUUCUUGCGGGAUAGGAGCACCUUUUGUUUGAUUGCCGGUGUUGCAGUGGGUUUUACGGUAGCUUUUGUAGUACUAGCACCUAGUACUAUCUACAAAGACGACCAUUAUGGAAAAAAAUUAAGACAGGUAAUCCAUGGUCACGAACAUACCGGAGAACAUCAUCACGAUUUCCACAAUGAAGAUGAAAUGAGUGAUGUUGAACUUGUAGGGGAGGUAGGGGAACACGGAGAAAAUGAUACUUUUCAUCGAAUGACAGAUUCGUCCCUAGCAGAAUCUCUUAAGAAAAAGGUACGAAUAUUAUGUUGGAUUAUGACUGGACCAAGCAACCAUGAGAAAAAAGCAAAACAUGUAAAGGCAACAUGGGGAAAGAGAUGUAAUAUUUUAUUAUUCAUGAGUUCAAAAGCAGAUGAAAAUCUACCGGCAAUACCAUUGAACGUAAGUGAAGGAAGAAAUAAUCUGUGGGCUAAAACCAAAGCUGCUUUUAAAUAUGUUUACGAUAACCACAUAAAUGACGCUGAUUGGUUUAUGAAAGCCGACGAUGAUACGUAUGUGAUUGUGGAAAAUCUGCGAUAUAUGUUGCUACCAUUAAGUCCCGAUACGCCAAUUUACUAUGGAUGUCGAUUUAAGCCGUACGUUGCACAAGGAUACAUGAGCGGAGGAGCAGGUUAUAUACUAAGUAAAGAAGCAUUAAAAAGAUUUAUUGAGAAAGCAUUGCCAGAUAAAGAGAAGUGUAGACAAGACAAUGAGGGUGCAGAAGAUGUAGAAAUGGGAAAGUGUUUACAAGCAGCCGACGUAGCUGCAGGUGAUGGUCGAGAUCCUGAACUUAGAGGAAGAUUUUUCCCUUUUGCCCCCAGCCAUCACUUAAUUCCUGGACAUGGAAUGGAUUGUUGUUCGGAUAACGCCGUAUCUUUCCAUUACAUCGAGCCUAGUAUGAUGUACGCCAUGGAGUAUAUGAUUUAUCAUUUGCGACCAUUUGGAAUCGCCUAUAAGCCAGUAUUACCAAAAAAUCUUGAAACGCUAAAUAGAGACACUGCCGAUUGAUAAAAACUUUUGUACAAAAUAAUAAGGCACUAUUAAGGCAGGUUCCAUUUAAUUAGAUACCCAGAUAUAUCUG